CUUUCUUUUUCUGACACACUGUGCUCGUUGUCCUCGGCGACAUCCGUGACGCAUUGAUCCAUGGCAGACAGACACGCAGACAUCGAAGCGUCCUUUGUCGUCUGCACUUGUCUGAUGACGACUUCAUUUCCCAUACGCGGCCACAGAAAAAUGGCCUAGAAACUCAAUCAAUGUACGAAUUGCAUCCCACGCACACCGGCCCUCCACCCAUCCUCCCACCCCAGACGGAUAGCACAGUACAGGAACCGCCGGCAGCAUGUGUGUGCGCGUCUCAAAACACCAAAAACAGACAGCGAAUCGACCGAUUGACUUACCGCAAACGAGGCAGCGACACGCGACGUGCAUUGCAAAUAAAGAGCAGAUGAUGAAAAACAUCCCAGCCCUCCCCCCUUCUCCCCCCUCCCCUCCCCUCGGCUCUGCUCAGGUUGACGGCACAGUGACUCCGAGGAUGUCUGAAGCAAUCUCGCUGAUGUCUUCGAUGCCCAGGAUGGCGGCAAAGUCGGGGACGAGGAUGUUGUCAGGAAGAAUCUCACUCUCCCACACGUAGGUGAACUUGCCCACGGUGAUGGAGUAGAGGAACAGCCGGUCGCCCCCGUCGUCGAUGAAGUCCACACCCACACCCACACUGCUCGUCUCCACCUCGGCGGACCCCUGCGGGACGCCGUCGUCGCCCACACCGGCACCGAUCUGGGCGUAGACCUUGCCCAGCCGGCCGAAGCCUACUUGGCCGAAUAUCUCCUGACUUCCCUCGGGGUCAUCGUCGGGGAAAUCGCCGUUGAGCACCAGCUGCCAACCGUCACCCCAGUUGCCUGAGUGAGUGGAGAAAUGCAGCAACGAGUUAACAAUGUCUUGUCUAAAUGCGUUGAUGUCUGUCUGUCACUGUUCGUUCACCUUGAAAGUCAGUCUCUCUUUCGUCAAAGUCUCUGAGGACGGAGAACUGCCUCCCCAGUGUGCCGACGCUGACGGCGUACUCGGUGUCGUUGACGUCGGCACCGACGGCGACUGAGACGCUCCUCCAGCCCACAAACACCUCGGUGGCCAGCUCCUCAUCGUCGUCGGUCGACGGGUCCUGCACGUCGUCGAAGUCAUGCCGCACGGCCACCUCCACGUCGCGCACCUUGACCCGCUGGCCGUAGUCUCUGUCGGAGAAGUCGAUGUUCGUCCCGGACUCCACCCCCCGCGCGACCACCUCCACAGCUGUCUGGGCAUCGUCGAAGUCACGGUCGACUCUCACACCGUACGCGCCGUAGGAGACGCCCACACCGCCUUCAAUGUCCGAUUCGUCGGUCGACACGGACACCUGGGCCUUUCCGAAGCCGACGUUGGUCGAUGUCGCUCGGUCUUCGAGGCCGACACCCACACCCACGUAGCCGUAGUCAUUCCCCACCUGCACGGCCGUCUCUCUGUCCUCGAAGUCGCGGCCCCACGUGACCGCCCAGUUGUCGUACACAAUCUCGUUCGACACCUCUUUAAUCGGCUUGCCGCCCAACUCUUUGUCGGAAUCGUAUCGGAGCGUGUUGCUCCCCAGGAAGGCCGCGGCGAGGAGUGCCGCGGACACGGCCGCGCGGUCCUUCUCGUCCACUGUGUUGAGGAAGGUGCUGAUCUGGCUGACGUCGCCGUUGGCCACCGCGAGGGCGGUCAGGAUUUGCUGUCGCUCCUCUGGGGGGAUCUGGUUCAGAAACGCCGCGAUGUCCUCGGCCGCGGCGUCGUCCUGCAGCAUCUUUGUGACGACGUCGAGGGGGUCUUCUGUCACGCUUUUCGACGUUGACAACAUCCGCUUCGCUGCGAGCACCGAGCCGGGCUUGAGGGGGCUGAAAGGGUUCUCCCUCUCCACUGUUCGCGUGGCUCCCAGUUUUCGCAUUGAUCCGAACUGCGCGAAGGCCGUGGGGCCCAUCGCUGCUGCUUGGGCGAAGUGCGAUUUCGGCUGUCGGCCCCAGGCACAGAUGCUCUCGACAGACGGCUUGGUGACGAAGGUGGCCAUCAUGCACGAGAUUGUGUAGCGGUCGUAGUCCUUGAACAUCAUCGGACGCAAACUGAAGACAAUCUCAGCUUCUGCCAGGAAGACACAACACACAGAGAGAGUGGAAUGCACAUAUCAUAUGGACGAUCUGUGUGUGCGUGCGGGCUGGUGUCGAUCAGCGCACCUGAGUCCUCCGUCCCCCCGCCACUCUGCAGCUUGAUGACUUUGAAAUGCACGUCCUUGUUGAUGGGACACCCAUUGAGAAUCAGAUGGUACACGCAACGCGGGUUGCUCGACUGUCGGCCCUCCGGACACACCGCCGUGCACUCCAUCGGCCACGGCCAGACGUCCUCUCCCGCACCGUUGACCGUCGAUUCGAAAAUCAUCCCACUGACACGAGACGGAGAGACACAGACAGAGAGACGGGACAGAUGAGGGGAGAGUGGCGGGCGGUCGCGUCGUCUGUCUCGCUCACUCGUCGUCAUUGGUGGUGGCAGUGUUGAAUUCAGUGCCGCCGAUCACCCCGGCAGAGAGCAUGUGUCCCGUCACGGCGGCCUUGACGAACUUGGGCAUCUUCUUGCUGCCCUCGUACGCCUCCUUCGACGUCGUCUUGUGCUCCCACUUGGCCGUCGCCAGACAUCCGCCCGAGCCAUCGCCCACCGGAUCCGGCCGGUUGUCGUUGGUGCUCUGCAGCCGCCUUCUGUCCCCUUGAGCAUUGGUGGUGCGUGGGCAUGCGCAUGUGAUAAUGGCGUUGUUCUCAGGGCCAUGGACGCGGAGAACGUUGACAUAGUACACGUACCUGUCCGUGACCGUCUUCUUGGUCUUGCACCCGUCGUACGUGGUCGAGGCCGCCAGUGCGUGUCGGCCCGGCCCGUAGAAGUCCUCCACCCAGUGGGCCACGCACCUCUUGUCGCUGAUGGCGUCGUGGAAGCCUCCAGGGAACUUGCCCUCAAACGCGGGGUUGCGCGCCAUGGGGACGGCCGCCGUCAUCUUCUCGUCGGAGCACCACGCGCCUGGCGGCACCUUCUUGGGCAGGCCAGUCCUUUCCAGCCUCUCGCGAUGGGAGAUGUACUGGCUGGGGUCGAAUUUGGCUUUCUGUGGCCCGCGCAGCUUCGGCCCAUCUGGCUCGGGGACGCCUUUGAUGGGUGGCGGUGGCGGUGGUGGCGGUGGUUGAUAUGGGCGGUCGGGGGGUGGAGGCGGCAUGAAAGGACCGAGGAACGAGCCCCUGCCGGGGUCUGCACGGGCGAUGAUGGGCAGCAGGAGAGGCACGAGGACGCUGACACGGAGACGGCCCAUGGCUGCCGGCGGGAGAAAGAAAGAAAUUUUCAAAGUUG